AUGGCCUCUACCCUGGAGAAGUUCAUUCAUUCUCUGGACCUCAGAGCCCUUCCCAGGGUCCUCCAAAUCCAGUCAGGCAUCUAUUGUCAAGGCUCUGUCUAUGAGAUGUUUGGAAACGAAUGCUCCCUGUCAACAGAAGAAGUCAUUAAAGUUAUUGGCUUCAAAAUUAAUAAGCUCAUAGCAAGUAUCUGUGAGAAUAAUGAAGUCAGCCAGUUUUCAGCCAAAGUGGAAUUACCACUAAAUUUUCCUGGUCUUUACAAAGUUGUGGCAGAUAAGACUCCAUAUGUCAGCAUUGAAGAGAUUGUAAGAAAAGUCUCCAUUGGGCCAACAAGGUUUGGCCAUCCUUGUUUCUACAGCACUGAGGAUAUACAAUUGGCAAACUUCACUAUCAAACAUGAUGAGCAGAUCACCUUCAACUCAGUGGAAGAAGUCCAUGGAACAAUGGGUGUGAACUGUGUUGUGGUCAGAAAUAACCAGUCUCAUUCCUUUACUUUGCCCCUUUCACAAGAAGGUGAAUUCUACGAGUGUGAAGAUGACCAGAUAUACACCCUAAAAGAGAUUGCAGAAUGGAAAAUCCCUAAGUGUAGAAACCGGAUUGUUAAACUUUCUAAUACUGUACAUAUGUGGGACUCCUCUAGUCCACUUCCUGAGAAUUUUAAUGGCUGUUUGAUUCUCAUGCCUGUCUACGAAGUGCAGGCAGUAAUGAAAUUUCGAAAGGACAUAGUUCAUAUUCUCUCAGAUCUGGAUGUUGAGGUCAAGGAUGUAACAGACUGUUAUGAUAUUAGCUCUUUCCUUCAGCCACUUUCUUUGGAAGAUAUAUUUGAGAGAACAAACAAAGACUUUCCUAUGGUUGCUGAGAUAAUGGAAGGGCCUUCGGGAAGCCAAAAACCUUAUAACUUAUUGUCUACAGGGAAAGAGAUUGUCAUCUACAAAAAGUACCAGGCAACAAGAGUCCUAGCCUCUGAGAUGAGAAGUGAUUCCUCCAAAAGACAUUAUUUAAUCCCUAUGAGCUACAAAGGAAAGUUCAAGAGAAGACCUCGGGAGUUUCCAACUGCCUAUGACUUAGAGAUAGCAAGAAGUGAAAAAGAACAUCUUCAUGUUGUGGCAACUAAAGCCUUUUCUUCCCCUUUUAAAGAGCUUUUAUCUGUUUCAGUUGGAGAUCAAUUUCUAGUUCAGCAAUGCCAGACUAGUGAAGUUCUGUAUGAGGGAAGAAAGAAACUCAUAGAUGUUUUAGCUUGUGAGCAAAUACUUAGUGAUUCACAUAAAAAAGUGCUCCUCCCCAUGUACAUGGAAGGUGGCUUUGUGGAAGUGAUUCAUGACAAGAAACAGUACCACCUCUCUGAGAUUUGCAAAGAAUUCCGUUUGCCUUUCAAUGUCAAAGUGUCUGUGAGGGACCUUUCCAUUGAGAAGGAUGUCUUGGCUGCCGCGCCUGGUCUUCAGUUUGAAGAAGAAAUCACAGACUCUUACUUGCUGAUCAGUAGUGCCAGCAAUCCAGCAGAGAGCUGGGAGAUCCCUGUGUAUCGCUUAAACAUGCUGGUCCAUUUGCUCAGCAAAGAUGUCCAGACAGUUGUACCGCCUGUGACUAGGACAACAGUGGAAGAAGUCAGCAAAGACGAAUACUAUAUGUUGCGAAGGUAUGAAAACCUGCCCCUUCAUCCACCACCCAGGCCUCCCAAAAAGCCAACAGCAGCAGCACCACCACCUAUUUUUGCAGUGCCUAAGCAAGGUGUGUCUGAUGUACUACAGGCUCCAAAGAAUUUCUACAUAGACACCACCAAGAAAUUGUGCUCAAAUCAAGCUGCUGAUGUUUUGGAAUUGCAAGUUAAUUGUCAAAAUGAUUCGGUGCAUCGUGAGAAUAAGGACAUGACUGGGAAAGCUACACUAGUGGAAACCACUGUGACUAAAGGCCUAGCAAGAAACUAUGAGGCAGAAGAGGAAGAGGAAGAAGAGCAUGACUACACCUAUAUUGAUGAAAACAUAGUUGAAAACAUAAGAAAAGUAUUUCAUGACACCAGCAUUAGAAAUGAGCAUUCACUCUCCAGAGGAAGAAGGCAUUAA